AAUUUUUGACAAGAGGAGAUUAGAUUAGGUGACAAUUGUAAAACUCAGAAAUAAAUGCCAAUGUUAUACUUUGCAAUUUUCCUAGGAUCACCAUCAACCUGAAUUGUUUUUAUAUUGAUCCCCAUGUCUUUAUGGUUUUCCUCAUUAACUCUCUGUCGCACUGUGAGAGUUGAUGCUACAUGAUUUCAGCGUUAGGCAAAAUAGCAGGCAAGAAAAAUACAGAGCUCUGUGAAACAGCUGACAGAGGUCGUGUUUGUCUGUAUGUUUCCUCUCUCUUUUCUUUAAGACAGUUGUCCAUUACCAGCUUAUACAUUCCUCCUAUGUCAAGUUCCUCAGAUUUCCCCCAUUGAGGAGAGCAUUUGUUUGUUUGGCAUGUAAAAUUACACCUGUUGCAGGCUCCCAGAUGCCAGCAUGACAAGGUCAAAAAUUGCUUAUUGGUUUACUUGGUGAACCAUUAUCAGAACUGAUAAGAGUUGUAUGAAGUUGUUGACGUUAUUAAUUGUGUAAGAAUCAAGUGGCUUAGAUGUUAGGACAGCUGUUUCUCGUUUAGUUUCUCAGUGACUCUGGGGGUCUCAAUCUGGACUUUGGUGUUUGAUAAAGAACAAUGAAACAAUUUGUAGCCCAACGUAGAAUUGAUCCUCUUAGCUAGGAAAGGCACAUUCUGUUCUUCACAGCUUCAGGGGGACCUUUAUGGGAGUUUGCAAAGUUUCAGUAUGGGGAGUGUCUUUGUAAAAUAACAUGCUGUGGUUUUCCAGACAAUUAAAUCAGGUGAAAACGUAUAGGUUUUAUAAUCAAUUCUCAGAAGUGCUAAAAUCUGAGCAUACUAUACCAGUGUGUAGUGUUAUGUGUGUGUGCAUAUUCCACAUGUCAGCAGAGGGUAACUGCUACUCCUCAGCCUGUGAAGAAAAGGGCAGCUCUAAUAUUUCCCCUCAGUGUAGAAGAGGAUGACACAAGAAAACACAGUACAGACAGCCUCAAGCCUCGUCUUUGCCUUAUAUGUCUGCCAGGAGGUGCUUUUCUGUCUGUCGCUAGGUGCAUACCAAGGCAGCUCCUCAGCCACUUGCCAGUAUUUUCUUCAGAAGGGGCUGUUUGUUCUCAUACAUCCAUUAAUUUUGGGUGUUUGUCAAAUGAUUUGACUUGUACAUGAUUGGUUGUGAUUUAGUGGUGCUAAUGCUUCAGAUGCAUUAAAUGUAAGCCUUAAAAAUAUGGUAUAAGAAUGUAAAUUAAGAGUUUGAUAUAGCUUACAGUGAAAUACUUGUGUAGCAGUGGUGUUAUGUCAUUUUGGCCCACUGGGCCCCGCUACCAAUGGACAAUGCAUAGGUAUUUUGCUACAUAUCCAGUAAAUGUUUUAGUUUCUUUGAUAAUCUCUUGUCCAUAGUGCACUUUCUUUUUUUAAAAAAACAAACAACUUUUUAACCUUUUCUCUGGUGUUUCCACUGUAUCUUGCUUCUUUACACAGAUAUGUUGACAUUUAUAGGUUAAUCGAUAAGUCAAACCUGUUACAGAAGUUCAGCAAGAACAAGGCAUCUACCUUUUGAACAAUAUACUAUGGUCUUUGUCUGGGAUGUGCAUGGAGGCAGAGAAUUCCCCCACCAUCCCUCGCCUCGAGGCAAAUGGCAAAUCCCCCAUUUUCACAUGAUUACAUGGUUUAAUCACUUUACUGUCUCAGAGAAUGAAGCACUUACUCAUUAAUAUGCACUUUGGAAUUGAAAUGUCUUUCUCUGGUUUGUCUUUAACUGUACAUUUGCUUAAUAAUCAGCAUGUCAGUAUCACAGACUAGGAUGAUUACGGAGUCGUACCUUGGGCAGUUUCGGAUGCAAAUAUGGUGGCCUAUAAAACCACCAGACAGUCAAAAGUGUUUGGCUUUAUACGGAAGACGGCCAAUGUCUUUUCUGUUUGAAGACGGCUUGGAUAUCGUUCCCCAGAGAGUGCUGUUAUGUUUGUCUUAUUAAAGCUGCAAUCUGUCAGGUAAUCUUCUCCCCACUCUGAUGCCGCCCUUUUUUCUCUGGACCAUUUUUAGCAACAACCUGCUUCUUUGUCUAGCUUCUAGAAGUAAAGGGCUCAAUUUGUCAAAUAGAUUUGUUGUUGAAUUUUUGUGAGACUGAGUGGUAUUUAUUCUGUAAUUUGGAAGUAUUGACUUAAUGUUCUAUCUAUAUAAGAAGGACAUAGUUAUCAUUAUUGUUUAAAAACAAAACAAAAGUUAAAUGAUUGGGAUUAAAUAUGACCGCUUGUCAAUAGGAAUGAAGAUAUUGAUUGGAGGUGGGGAGGAUGAUAAAGAUCUAAAGAUUUAAAAAAGUUAAUGUGAAAAGAGGGAGGGUUAGAUACUGGUUAGUAGGAUGUGCUUGGGGGGGCUAUUUGGCACUUAAGGGUAGCAUGAAGUUGUAACAGGAGGUGGUGGGGCCAUUUGUAGUCACGUGAUUGACAGGCAACCCACCGUAACCCCGGAAACCAGGAGCGCCAGCCUCUCUAAACCAAUCAUGUCUGGAAUGCUGGCUGUCACUCGGCUCAGGCUAUUUCUGCUGUCUGUCGCUAGUGCUUGGUAGUGCUAAGGGUCUGACAUACAUGGAUCCUUUUUUGUUUUUCCUUCCUCUCUUUUACCUUCACUCUGCCUUCACAGUGUAAAUUUGACAGCUCUAAAUUUGUGGUGGCUGUUUAGUUUUUGUGACUUCUUUCCUCCAUAGAUUUUACUGUGGGAAGGAACGUUGUGGAAAGGACUCGGACAGGGUGGGAGGGGGUGGGCAAGAGAGAGAGAGUGGAAGAAAAAAGGGGUUCAGUCAUCAGCCAAAGGAGAGAAGUAGGCGACACUAAGAGACAGAGACUGAAGCCAGAGGAAAGAAGAGGAACCAAAGAGCCAGUCAGUGAGUAAAGAAAAGGGAAUAGGAGCUCUGGGACGUGAGGUGAAAAUGGCACAACGUCUGCGUUUGUACUUUGGCUCAGGUCGCAGUAACACAGCCCCGGAGAUAUUGGAAGGAGACUCUGAGGAGCAGCAGGGAGACAAUGACGUGGUCACAGCGUUCAGCUUGCAGCCACCUACGGCUUUGAGGCCUUCCCAGGAGCAAACUGCACAGCGCAUCCCACCAAGGGCUUUUCAUUUGCACCGGGAGCCUUUGCUUAAACGCAGCUCCUCCAUGUUUAUACCUCAGCUUGCUGCCUACCAAGACCCACGUCCCACUAAGAGCUCCUCCAUGCACAUCUCGCUUCAGCGUUCUAAUGGAUCAAGUAAUGGAGAUUCCAUUGGCUAUGCUGAUGAUGUCCUACCACCUUGUUAUAGCCCCCCUGGACCUGCGCCUGCCUACACAGAACCACAGAGCCAUACAGAUGUUCCACAACAGCCGCCACCACCUUACUGCAGUACAGAUCCUUUAAACGUACCCAAACGCAGAGUCUUCAGUAUUGGUACAAAUGGCAGUACAAUGUAUAGUAAAGGACAACCAGGUACCAAUGUUGGUGGAAUUUGCAUUCAGAGGAACUCUUCUGAUGGUUCUGAUAUCAAGCAUUUUAGAAUCCUUCCUUAUUCUGGCUGGGCUGUCCAGCAACAGAGCUUGGACAAUUGCUCAGGGGUAAAGGGUGGAACUCAGAGACUUGUGCUUCAGCUCCAGCAAAAUCAGGACCAGGAUCAGAGCCAAGGCAGGCAACACGCUGUUUCAUCACAGGAAAAAUGCACAAAUGUUGGCUUUGCCAGCUCAAGAGGCAACUGCAUUGUGCGUUACCCCAGGAUUCGACUGGAGAGUAGCUCAUCUCAUCAGAGGCUGCUGCUGGAUAAUCUACGUCAAAAAAGUGUCCCAGAGAGCCCAGAUAGAGAGGAGACCCAAACAGACAUUGAGACACAUAAAUUGGAAGCAAGAAACCAUUCCGAUGGUUGUACUUUCGAAAUCAGUGGGGAAACUCCUAGAAGGCAGCCUCAUUUCAAGAUAUAUUUUACUUCAGGUGGAGGUGGUGAUCAGGAUGUGAACCAUGGCAAUGAUUCAACAGGGAAUAAUCCCAAGACCAGAGAUGAUUUCCUGGGUCAGGUUGAUGUUCCACUCAGUCAUCUGCCGACAGAGGACCCGGCUAUGGAACGUCCUUACACAUUCAAAGACUUCCUCUUGCGGCCAAGAAGUCACAAGUCCAGGGUGAAGGGUUACCUGCGUCUGAAGAUGGCCUAUCUCCCCAAACAAGGAGGACAUGAGGAGGAGGGUGGAGAAAUAAGGGAGGAGGCUGAGGGUUGGGAUGAGUCUGCAGACUCAGGCUCCCAGAGACCACAGCAGCUAUUGCCCCCAUUGCCUCCGGGCUGGGAAGAGAAGGUGGACAACCUGGGACGUACCUACUAUGUCAACCACAACAAACGCAGUACACAGUGGAAACGGCCCUCCAACAUGGAUGUGAUUUCCGAGACAGAGAGUGACAAUCAGCAGCGGCAGAUCAAUCAGGAAGCACACCGUGUUUUCCGAUCGAGACGCCAUAUCAGCGAAGACCUAGAGAAUGAGCACCUGGAACCCAGGGACAUGGACAAUUCCUGGGAGCUCAUCACAGAAGAAGAGCCGAAUGACAGCUCAUCCCCGUCUCUUCCCGGCCCCUCCUCCAUCUUGACACCACUGCCCCCAUUGACACCUGUCGCCCAAGAGUUUGCGGAAGAUUUGAAUCUUAGGCUGUCGCUCACUUCUGAUACGAAUGGUGAAGUGGCAGGGCCGAGCUCUGCUCUGAGCCAACUGUCAAACAGACUCCGUUCCUCUAGUAUGACAGAUGGUGUCAGUGAUCAGGCCCAAGCUCCUCCUCUUACGCAGAAUUCCCAAUCCAGAAGGACAAGAGCUCAAACAGUCUCAGGUGGUGAAGAGUCUAUGUCUCCCUCGUCGACUGCUUACACCUUGACCACCCCUGGGCUGCCCCCUGGAUGGGAGGAGAGGAAGGACACCAAAGGAAGAACUUAUUACGUCAACCAUAACAACCGCACCACAACCUGGACUAGGCCAAUUUUGCAGUUGACUGAAGAUGGAGCCAGCACAUCAGCAGCAGCAGCAGCAGCAGCAGCAUCAGGAGGAGCCUCGGCCCUGACACCCACAUCCACCCCCUCCUCCUCUUCCAAUGCCUCCAACAACCACCUCCAUGAGCCCCAAAUCCGACGACCCCGUAGCCUCAGCUCCCCUACUGUCACCCUUUCCACUCCCUUUGAGGGAGCCAACAAUAUUCAGGUACGGAGGGCUGUGAAGGACACAUUCUCAAAUCCCCAGUCUCCCCAGCCAUCCCCCUACAGCUCCCCCAAGUCUCAACACAAGGCACAGCAGAGCUUUCUGCCUCCAGGCUGGGAGAUGAGGAUAGCCCCCAAUGGACGGCCUUUCUUCAUCGACCAUAACAGCAGAGUAACCACCUGGGAGGAUCCCAGGUUGAAAUAUCCAGUCCAUAUGAGGAGUAAGAGCUCGAUGGAGCCUGGUGACCUUGGUCCUCUUCCUAACCUACCAGAGGAGCCUGGAUGGGAGGAAAGAGUUCACACAGACGGACGCACUUUCUACAUUGACCACAAUACAAAGAACACUCAGUGGGAGGACCCUCGACUGCAGAGUCCAGCUAUCACAGGACCUGCUGUUCCCUACUCCAGAGAGUUCAAGCAGAAAUACGACUACUUCAGGAAGAAAUUAAAGAAACCUGCGGACAUCCCCAACCGAUUUGAAAUGAAACUGCACAGGAACAACAUAUUUGAAGAGUCAUACCGUCGCAUCAUGUCACUAAAGAGGCCUGACGUUCUGAAGGCACGGCUGUGGAUUGAGUUUGAAUCAGAGAAAGGGUUGGACUACGGGGGUGUGGCCAGAGAGUGGUUCUUCCUGUUAUCUAAGGAGAUGUUCAACCCUUACUACGGCCUGUUUGAAUACUCUGCCACGGACAACUACACUCUCCAAAUUAAUCCCAACUCCGGCUUGUGCAAUGAAGAUCACCUCUCCUAUUUCAAAUUCAUUGGGCGUGUGGCAGGAAUGGCUGUGUUUCAUGGAAAACUACUAGAUGGGUUUUUCAUCCGACCAUUUUAUAAGAUGAUGCUGGGGAAACAGAUCUCUCUUAAAGACAUGGAGUCUGUGGACAGUGAAUACUACAACUCUCUUAAGUGGAUUCUGGAGAAUGAUCCCACUGAGCUGGACCUGAGGUUUUGUAUUGAUGAGGACAACUUUGGACAGACCUACCAGGUUGACCUGAAGCCCAGUGGCUCCGACAUGGUCGUCACUAACAACAACAAAAAGGAAUACAUAGACCUGGUCAUUCAGUGGAGGUUUGUUAAUCGGGUUCAGAAGCAGAUGAAUGCCUUCUUGGAGGGAUUCACUGAGCUCAUUCUCAUAGAUCUGAUCAAGAUCUUUGACGAAAACGAACUGGAGCUGCUCAUGUGUGGUCUUGGCGAUGUCGACGUCAACGACUGGAGACAACACAGUGUUUACAAGAACGGCUACUGUCCCAACCACCCGGUUAUACAGUGGUUCUGGAAGGUUGUCCUAUUGAUGGAUGCUGAAAAAAGAAUCCGACUUCUCCAGUUUGUAACGGGAACUUCGCGAGUACCAAUGAAUGGCUUUGCAGAGCUUUAUGGUUCUAAUGGUCCUCAGCUGUUCACAAUUGAGCAGUGGGGAACACCAGAAAAGUUGCCAAGAGCUCACACAUGUUUCAACCGUUUAGAUCUGCCAACCUACGAAUCAUUUGAGGACCUGAGAGAGAAGCUCCUGAUGGCUGUGGAAAAUGCGCAGGGCUUUGAAGGAGUCGACUAAAAUGGACUGAACUCAAGCAACCAUUUAUUCAAAAAAAAAAAAAAAAGAGACAAAAGCUACAGGGAUUUCAAACCAGCUGCUUCAGCAGUUCUGUACACGCAUGUUGUGCUGUUACAUCCGAUGAUGUGCUGAUCCACCAACGCGGCACAGUGGUUUGAGACUGCACAGCAACUUGUCGAGCCAAUAUGCCUACGUCUUUAUAUCUUUUCAGUGUGGGUAGGUCACUCCUUAAAGGUGCUCGGGGAAAGAACUGACUCCUGGAAUCUGUCAUCGAUGGGCAUGAGUGAUGAAUGAUGAUGACGAGAGACCUGCCCUCUGAUCUGCCAUUUCUUUUCCCCUUUACCCUUCUCCUAUGAAAAUCUACAGUGCUGGAAAACAUUAUUGCAUUUCAAAAGCUCCUUUACGUGCACAUUAGCACAGUAUUCAAACACUCUUCAGCAGAAGGGUCUUAGCAUGGCCUUAAUCUGGCUCCUACAUGCACUAUUUCUCUAAGAAACUGUUAUAGCACUACGAUCACAACUCUCUCUAAUCCUUAGACCAACACCAGAUUACCUUAGGAAUGCUUGCUAAUCACAGUUCAGGAAAUUGGCCACGCAUACACACCCACACACCCACCCCUCUGUAGAGCCAUGUAUAUGUUGUGUGAUCAAAUCUUGCCGGUGAAGCCUUUUUGUAGAGUAAAUGUUUUUGUUUUUUCGUUUUCUAACCACUGGUAAAGAUUCAAGAGUCGAGGGUGACAGGACCCCUGAAAAUAGUUUUUAUAGUUUUUGUCAUCACCUUUUUUUAAUUAUUGCUAUAAUUCUUGCAGGAAGAUGCAAUGUAUUUGUACCACGAGAAACAACGUUGUUUACUAUCUUGGAAAUUCUCUAUGACAUUGUGUGAAGUGCAACGCCGGCUAGUCUGGGAAUUGAUCAAUCCAUAUCAUUUGUUAUGGUGAUAGCAAAUGUGUUGACUAAACUGGUUUUUAUUGUAGUGCUAUGAAAGCAGCAUGAAAAUGUACCUUGUGUUUGCUCUCGAGUAAUAUGUCGGGGGAAGGGAAAAACAAACUGGGGAUAUAGUUUCAGUGAGACAUGAUUAUAUUAAUACUCUUAUGCUUGUUGCUGUUCAUAAUGCUGUAAAUCAUCCUUGGGGGGAAACCCCCCCCCCAUUUUAAGUUCUUUCGUCAUAUAUAAAUAUAUGUAUGUAUUACAUUUAACAGAAGUAUUACUGAUAAACAACUUUAAAAUGAAGCUGUGUGUACGUGGGCGUGAAAGCUGUGAUUGCUAACGAAUAUAAAGCAGCAUGUUUCUUACGAAGACUUUUUUUUUUUUUCUUUUCUUACGUUUCCGUUUCUCUCCAUUUCUAACACCAUUGAACCUAAAGGGCACUUUAUAGAUCACUCUGAGAUCAUGUCAACUAUUAUAUGUCUUGUCAUUAACUUGAAUGUGAUUCUUGUUUUGUUUUUCUUUCAUUCAGAGCAUGUAUCUGGUGCAAUAUAGUCUGUAAAUCUGGGUUGCCGCUGAGGUGGAAAAAAAGUUGUCAGGAGUGAAGCAGAGACUUGACAUCCUUUAGUAUUGUCUAUUUUAUCUCUUCUUCUAUCACUUUUUCUCUACUUACCCCUGCUUGUAUUCCUUCUCUCCUGUGAUCUCACCUCUAAAUCUGACUGCAAAGUUUUUCUUUUCUUUCUGUCUUCUUUAUAAGAAAGAAAUGUUUGUUUUUUUAAAUAAAUGACACAAGAUAACAAUUAUUAUUUCUUUUUAAAGAAAGGGGGAACACAUCCCUCUAUCAGCAAGUCUGUGGUUCACUUAAAAAUCAAAUAAAAUGAAACUUCAUAGA